CAAAACCCAUUUCUAAGUUUAAGGCUUUUCCUUUCUCUGUUUGCUUCAGAGCUUGGAAAAUGGCAGAAUCAUCAUCCUCUGCGGCGACUACGCAUGUACCUGCUAGGUCUAUUAGUUUGCCUACAAGACUAAUCCAUCCUAAAGCACAAAGAGUUGAAGAAGAACUGAAAAAGAUUCAAGGUUUAAAGUCUUCUUCAUCAGCUUCUUCUAGGAUCCAACUUGGACUUGCCAAGCUCGUUGAGCUCUAUGACUUUGUCAAUGAACAAGUCAUAUGUUCUCCUCAAGGCCAACAAGCUCUUCCCCUUUUUCGCAACGGGAAACUUGUGGAAGACGCUCUUGAUGAAUCCAUCUUGUUACUCGAUGUCUCUGACUUCACAAGAGACUUGAUAGGAACACUCAUGGAGCAAAUUCAAGAACUUCAAUCUGCUUUACGUAGACGCAGAGGAAAUCUCUCUUCCGUUCAGUCCGAGAUCCGAACUUACAUUAACUUUCAGAAAAAGUUCAAGAACGCAGCAGCGAGACAACUUAAAUCCCUUGCAAGGACACAAACAAAGAAAAAAGCUCCGGUUAUGAAACAAUCUCGUGAUCUUGAUCAACAUUCUUCAAUGGUCUCCAACAUUCUAAGGCAAUCAAACGCGUCGACGAUCUCUAUUUUCCAGUCACUCUUGCAGUUUCUUUCUUCUUCCGGUGAGAACCAGAAGAAGAAUGGUGAAAUUGGAUGUGUAGAUAACUCGAUGAUCCGUUCUUUCUUUGGAAGAAUCAUCGGUAGGAAGAUCGUGAAGGACAUUGAUGCGCAAACAAUCCUCGGGAGAUUAGCUAUGGUUAAUGCGAGCCUUGAAGCAAUUAAGGAUGAGUUAAGUUACUUAUCUAGACGACUUAUUCAACAUAGAGCGUCUCUCUUGAACAUUGUUACUCUAUAACAAUAAGAGUUUUGUAUUUUG